UGGGGCCUUAGACAAAGUAACAAUUUAAAAACGAUAACGAAGUUAGAAAAGUCUAAAAUGUAUGGAGAUGCGUUAAGUCACGUGGUCAAUCGACAUCGUUAUCGCAAUUUGGUAGACAAUGUAACAUUUCAUAACGAAACCAUAAAGUAACGACAACGUUCACGAACGUUAUCGUGUUUACUCCAUACAAAUGCGUAGACAAGCAGCACUUUCAGUGUUCGUUUUCGCCUCGAUCGUGAUCGUCAUUAGAGAUAACGAAACGAACGCUAAAACGUUGUAGUUAUCGACUAAUAUCGACACAAUAUGGCCGGAUUUCAUUCUACAGCUGAUUUUUGACAUUGUUUGAUGACAUACUCUUAGUAUUUAUUUUAUGUUAGAGGCAUUACUGCAGAUCAAAUAAAUUAUAAAAUGCAUUCUCUUCGGUUAUUGUGGGCUGCGCACAAUGAGAACGCAUGGGAGAGGCGCCAAAACCGUUUAAAACAGCGACGGCAGUUGGAAACAAUUGAAGAAAUGCCUGAAUUGUUGUUUAUCCAACAUUUCAGACUGAAUAAAAGAGCUUUUAGAAAAUUAUGCAAGGACCUAGAAGCUCAUGCACGAUUAAAAGGUUCUUCUGAGAUUCCCCUAGAAAUAAAGGUGCUCUGUGCUCUUAGCUUUUUAGCUACUGGGUCAUACCAGAAAAUUGUGGGUCUAGGCCAGCAUUUGACACAGCGGACAACAAGUCGCUGCAUCGGGGAGGUUGUCAAUGCCCUUAAUCACAAUUGGAUGGUCAGCAGGUGGAUAGUGUUUCCACAAACGCCACAAGAAAGAUCCUUGAUCAAAGAGAAAUUUCAAAGGACAUAUAAUUUGCCUGGUGUGAUAGGAUGCAUUGACUGUACCCAUAUUGCUAUCACAAGACCGGUUGAAGAGGAACACACAUUUUUUAAUAGAAAAGGAUAUCAUUCCUUAAAUGUUCAAAUGAUAUGUGAUUAUGACUUGCGCAUAAUAAAUGUAAAUUCCAAAUUUGGUGGAGCAACACAUGACUCACACAUAUGGUCUGCGAGCCACGUGAACACAUACAUGGAAGGACUUCAUGAAAGUGGUGAACAUGUUUGGUUAUUAGGAGAUUCAGGCUAUCCACUGCGGCCCUGGUUGAUGACGCCUAUAUUAAAUGCUGAACCCGGAUCCCAGGCAGAGGUGUACACAAGACGUCAUGUGCAAGCCAGGUCUCGCAUUGAGCGCUGUUUCGGAUUACUUAAAGCUCGUUGGAGGUGUAUGCUUCGACACAGAGUUCUUCACUAUCACCCUUACAUGGCUAGCAAAAUCACUAAUGCAUGUUGUGUGCUGCACAACAUUGCAUUAGAUGCUAGAAUACCACCUCCAAGUGAUAUGCCAGUUGAGGGUCUACAAGAUAGUGAAGAUCAUGCUGUACAAUAUAGCACCUCCAGCAAUGAUAAUCAAAAUGAUUUAAUCCGAGGCAGGGCUAUGCGCAAUUACUUAGUUAGUAGGAUGUAAUAUAAAUGAGAAUAAAUAAAAAUAACUUACUAUUAAAUA